AUGCCUCGUGCUACUGCAGCUCGUGCGAAGGUGCAUGUCAAGCGGACUCCUCCAAUCCUAUUGACGCAUCGGGUACAUCCUCAAGACGGCAACGGACCACGACUCUGGAACGCAAAACGGCGCAUCAAGACCAGCAAAGGUCUCCCUUUUUUCCGAGCACAUGCUCUGGUCAGUAAAGACAAACUUCAAGAGUGGAAGAGGACUGCAUGGAAUCGACUCAAUGCAGAAGAGCAAGAAGCAUUCAACCCUGUUUUUCGCAAAGACGGGUUAAAUCUGGAAUGGUGGAAGUUGGACAGGAAGAAUCUGGAGAGGUUCAUGGAUACGCACCCCAGCCUGCGUGAAGUUUCGAGCGAUGUCAAGUCUUUCAUCGCUGCCGGUUCAAUAAACUUCGAGAAGUCGACAAUCCUUCGGAUAUUGAUGGACCCAGCCCGGCAUUUCGCAGCUCCUCAUAAUGUCCCGCUCAGCAUGCGCCGGCAGGUCUACUUCCCCGACCCCAAGGACGCCGUAGUCUUGAUGCGUACGCCGCAUCUGGGUCCUCGCUACGCAGCCUUCGAUGUACCACUUCACUUCAACAAGAUCGACCUCCGAGCCUACCUAAAAGACGUCUAUGGCGUCGAUGUCCUCCACAUCCGCAGCGUGGUUGUACAACAAAAGGUAGAAAGAAAAGACGGCAGAGAUAGAUACUCUCAAGGUCAAUUGUUCCGCCCGCCCAGCAAAAAGAAGAUGACAUGUCUCCUGGCCAAACCUUUUGUCUAUCCCGCAGAACCAGAGGACCUAGAACCGUGGGAGCACGAACGAUACUGGGAAUCCAUGAAAGCCAUCGUAGCGAAGAACCGGGAAGAGUCGGAAUGGGGUAUGAUGAACCCUGACUUGAACCACAGAAAAGCAAUCGCGCUACAGGCGCAGCAAUUGCUCAAGGGAAAGAUGAAGUGGGCGCCGACGUGGCAGAACUUUGCGGACGAUUGGCGAGCCAUGCGAGGAUUGUCGGGGACCUCCAAUGCCAACUCGCAACCAUCACAACCGACGAAUACAUCUACGUAA